AUGGCAGCCAUCCGUGUUAAAUCGGAGUCGCUUGAAGUGGAGAACUUGUUGCGAACCCGAGGCAGGCAAGACCCAGCGAACUUUAGGUUCAUGCUCGCAAAUCUCUACAAUAACUAUGGGCUGAAUGUUGGUGUCGGCUGGGAUACGGACCCACCUUUCGAGUACACCUAUAGAUUCCCCGGUUCCGGCCACGGCCGGUUUACCAUCGGCGACGUAAUCAAAUAUUACCCUUUGUACAAGGGAUGGGAUCAAAGCGCGAAGAUCCCGACUACCCAGAGCUACAUCCCUCCAGAUGAAUACUGCUGGUAUGGUAUCAUCACCGAUUAUACGACAGUCGUGAAGAGGGAGGAUGGGUCGGAGGGCGGGUCGGAGGCGGAGGGAGAGAAUGGAUCAGAGAGGGGGGAAGAGGACGGGACAGAUGAUGAGCAGCAGGAGUAUCCAAACGACACGAAGGGCGUCGUGGCGGUCGGGGUAAUCUGGCUCUACAGCCAGAGUGAAAUGCAAGAGAUAUACGACGGUAAGAUGGGGGUAGAGAAGCUUCCUUACAGAGGGGACAAGACGUUGCAAAAGUUGGCGAAGUCCACCGACUUCGGACCCAAAGAUCGGUUUCUUUCUUUCGACGAUGAAAGUAUGAAGAUGGGCGGAUUGAUCUGCACUGUACCCGUGCAGGAUGUGGGGAUCAAUGACAGUCCCACAGGCAAGAUCAAGAUCAGAUUUGACCAGCCAUGGCUAUCCUUCGACGAGGCCACUCGGGAGCGUAAGCGCAACGGGGAGAUCAAGAAUAUACCGGCCAAGGUGUCGAUGAAACGAGUUGACGUCGAUCUCACGCCCCUAAAAGAUGAGUGGCCGGAGAUGGACGGUGACAUGGACGUCGACGAAGACUGA